CCAAUGAUGGCACGUUCAAGGCCGCGCUGAAUCACGUUGCUCUCAUACUAGUCGCAUUGAUAAUAUCGGCUUCAAUGAACGCAUGGCUGACACGCUUCAAGGGUUUAUAACACGACUGAAGUAUCGUCUUACACAGGACUUCUCACUUUCUCGAUGUCUCAUGAUGUGGACGUUCGGGGUACGAUGGCCCAAGCUUGGUCCGUCGAUGCACGCCAUAGCACGUUCAGCGAAGUUCAUGGCCAGCAAGUCAAUGGAGACCAUACAAUAAUUAAUAAUUACAACACAGAUGAUGCCGAAGAGCGGAGUAAACUGGCUGCCUGGUUUACUCCUUUGAAUUUCCGACAGAAACACAGUGACGUCUAUGGAAGUAGACGAGAGGGAACGGGAGACUGGGUACUUGAUGAUGAAAAAUUCAAGGAGUGGAUAAGAGGCGACACGAAUUCUAAAACCUUGUGGUGCCCCGGGAUUCCUGGUGCUGGAAAAACUAUUCUUGCGUCACAUAUCAUCAAUUCUCUCACCGAAAAGCACAAGAACACAGACGAGGUUGCUGUAACGUACAUUUAUUGCGAUUACAAAGAGCAACCGACGGUUUAUGACAUUGUUGCCAGUCUCUUGAAACAACUUGUUGAAAAUUCCUCUCCUACCUUCAAAAAUGUUGCUAGUGAAUAUAAAUCUCAUCAGAAAAAA